AUGGAUAAUGUAUUAGGCUGUGAAUUAUUGAAAAGUUUGGUUUUAAAUGGUUUUGAAAAUAUUUCUAUUGUUGACUACGACAAAGUGGUUCUAUCAAACCUAAAUAGACAAUUUUUAUUUCAGUAUUUUAAACCGCACAAUACAAUCGAUUUUAGAAAAAACGAUGUCGGUAAAUUCAAAUCUCAACUGGCAUUUGAAACUAUUAAGUCAUGGAAUACAUCAAAUUUCUCAAAAUUUUAUGUUGAAAGAGUUGAGGAAUUGAACCUGAAGUUGUUAUCUGAUUUCGAUGUUAUAUUCUCUGCUUUGGACAGUAUUCAAAGCAGAAGAUGGCUAAAUUCAGCGUUCUUUGAGAUUUACAGAUUUUACCACAUUUCCAAAAGUGAUUCUGAAUUAGAUGAAAACAAUGCCUUCAAAAUAUUAAUUGACGGUGGUUCUCAAGAUUUGUACGGCCAUGUUCGAGUUAUCAGGCCAGGAUUAACCUCAUGCUUGGAAUGCUCAUUAACGCUCUAUUCAUCAGAAGAACCAUUCCCCUGCAUUCUGACUGAGAACUUAAAAUCUCCUGAGGAUUGCAUAAAUUAUUCCCUGUAUAUUUACUUCGAUUGCGGCCAAUCGGGCGUUUCUCCUAAUAACGUACUUGAUGGAAGUGAUGAGGGCCUAUUAGAGUACAUUUAUGAGAAUUCCAGAAAGAUAGCCGAGUCAAAGAACAUAAAAGGCGUAACAUUAGACCUAGUGAAUCUCAUUUGCAAUAGGUCAAUUUUAAACAUUCCAACUACAAACAGCAUCGUCUCAUCCCUAAUGGUUAAUGUCCUCUUAAACCAAGACUUUAAUUACAACUUUUACUUUUAUUCUGGAGAUGGAAUUACAAACUUAUCCAAAUUUAAACUCCAACCUGAUAAAUCUUGCGUAGUAUGUAAUUGUAAAUGUAUAAAAUUGAAAGUAAGACCUGAAAUGAAGUUGAGCGAAUUGUUAAGCAUCUUGUAUAAAGAAAUCGGUGUGGAGUCACUGAACAUAUCAUCAGAUAGGGGAGCUGUGUACUUCGAUGAUCCAAAAUCCCUCAGUGCCUUGUAUUCGUAUAGGUUAAACAUGAAGCUAAGUGAUCUGAGAGACGUGGUUUCGGAAAAAAUAUACCUAACCUCAAAAGACUCUCAAACUUGGAGUGUAAGGUCUGUUCGGAGUGAAGAAUAUUUAAAAUACCCUUCAAAAGAAUCAAAUCGUCGGCGUUAUUCACAUUCAGGACAUCUGAGAUUUGCAAAAGCGUCGAAAACUAAUCACAAUAAAGUUUUGUAUAAAUUAUAG